GAAGAGUUCUCUGGGUUUCAUACUGCGCCAUUCCUCUGCAGUACGCCUCUGUCUGCCUCAGCUGCAGCCAGCAGAGGCCUUGCCACGGCGUCUCUCCCCCACGCCUCCUCCGCUGCUGCUACCUUCAACGCCACCGCUGAAGCCCUGCCGGUUCAGCGCUGCUGUGGCUGUUGUCGCUGCCACCUCCGCAACCCCGGCCUCCGCCGACGCCACCCGAGCAUCCGUGAGUCAUUUUCUGCCCACCUCCGGCCGGGCGCGCGGUCUUUUACGAGUUUUGCAGGCUUGCAACAUGGCAGAAGCGGAUCUUAAAAUGGUCACGGAGCCUGCCGCCCAGGGGAUUGCUGAAGAGGAGAUGACUAGCUUCGCUAGUGAUUCUGGGGAAGAAUCUGACACCAGUAGCUCUAGCAGCAGCAAUAGUUGCAGCAGCAGCGGCAGCAGCAACAGCAACAGCAGUAGCAGCAGCAGCCGCAGCCGCUUAUACAAAAAGAAGAGGGCACCUGAGCCUUCCCAAAGGGCACGGCGUGCUCCGUCGGGUACUAAUUUCGUGGGUAGGCUGCCACAGGCAGUUAGAAAUCGGGUGCAGGCGCUCAGAAAUAUUCAAGAUGAAUGUGACAAGGUAGAUGCCCUGUUCUUAAAAGCUAUUCAUGAUCUUGAAAGAAAGUAUGCUGAACUAAAUAAGCCUUUAUAUGACAGGCGAUUUCAAAUCAUCAAUGCAGAAUACGAGCCUACAGAAGAAGAAUGCGAAUGGAAUUCAGAAGAUGAGGACUUCAGCAGUGAUGAGGAGGUGCAGGAUGACAUCCCCAGUGAAAUGCCUCCCUUGGAGGGUGAGGAAGAAGAAAACGCUAAAGAAAAAUCCGAGGUUCAGGUUGAAGAAGUUCCUAAAAAAAUCCCAGAUUUAAAGGCUGAAGGAGAAGAAGUUCCUAAAGAAAUUUGUGAGGUAAAGGCUGAAAACAAAGCAGAUUCUAUAGAUUGUGUGGAAGCAACUCCAGAAGAAGGUCUUAAAGAACCCCCACACACAAUGACAGACAAUAAAGAAGAGCCUAAAGAAAUAGAGUGUAAGGCAAGGGUUGCAGUAAUAGAGUGUAAGGCAAGAGAAGCUCAUAAAAGAGUUCCUGAGACAAGACCUAAAGAAAGAGUAAAUCUUAAAAGAGCUCGGAAAGGAAAAGCUAAAAGAGAAGAUCCUAAAGGCAUUCCUGACUACUGGCUUACAGUUUUGAAGAAUGUUGACAAGCUUGGGCCUAUGAUUCAAAAGUGUGAUGAGCCCAUUCUGAAGUUCUUGUCGGAUGUUAGCCUGAAGUUCUCAAAACCUGGCCAGCCCAUAAGUUACACCUUUGAAUUUCAUUUUCUACCCAAUCCUUACUUCAGAAAUGAGCUCCUGAUGAAGACAUACAUAAUAAAGUCAAAACCAGAUCACAAUGAUCCCUUCUUUUCUUGGGGAUGGGAAAUUGAAGAUUGCAAAGGUUGCAAUAUAGAUUGGAGAACAGGAAAGGAUGUUACUGUGACAACCACCCAGAACCCCACAACUGCUACUGGAGAAAUUGAAAUCCAGCCAAGAGUGGUUCCUAAUGCAUCAUUCUUCAAUUUCUUUAGUCCUCCUGAGAUUCCUAAGAUUGGAAAGCUGGAACCACAAGAAGAUGCUAUUCUUGAUGAGGACUUUGAAAUUGGUCAAAUUUUACAUGAUAAUGUCAUCUUGAAAUCAAUCUAUUACUAUACAGGAGAAGUCAAUGGCAUCUACUAUCAAGAUGGCAAAGAUUAUGGAAAAAGGAAAUACCGAAAAUAAAAGAGACCAGCUAAAAGAAUUUUCAAGAAUCUUAAAAAUUCAAGCAAGCAGAAGUGAAGCAGGUUCAUGUACCCUUGGAGAAAAAUAAAGCUUGCUCUAUAACCUGAACACU